UACUGAGGUAAAUGAUGAUACAGUGUGUAUGUUGAUAUGAUGUAUGUUGUUUAUAGGUGAACCCCUGAGAAUCGUGCUGAUUGGAAAGACUGGAGUGGGGAAGAGUGCUUCAGGAAACACCAUUCUGGGGAAACCAGAGUUUAUCUCACGGAUGUCUGGUAAAUCUAUCACACAUACUUGUGACAGAAAGAGUCUGAUUAGUCCCAGAAAGAUUGAGGUGAUUGAUACACCUGGUAUUAUAGACACUGAAAGAGCUCCAGGAGAGGUUGAAAAUGAGAUAGUGCAGUGCAUUAAAUACUCAACUCCAGGGCCCCACGCAUUCCUGCUGGUGAUUCAGGUGGGAUAUUUCUCUAAGGAGGAGCAGAAUGCAGUCAGGGCCUUACAGGAGAUCUUUGGGGAAGAGGCUGCAGACUACAUGAUGGUGCUGUUCACUCAUGGCGAUGACCUUGGGAGUAAGACUAUCAAUGACCAUGUGUGCCAUGGUGGCGCCAAACUGAAGGAAGUGAUCCAGAGCUGUGGUGGACGAUACCAUGUAUUUAACAACCACAGCAGUGACCGCACUCAAGUUGUUGAGCUAAUAAAGAAAAUAGAUGAGAUGGUGGCAGUAAAUGGGGGAGGUCACUUCACUGAGGAGAUGUACAAAGAGACACAGAGGGUCAUGACAAAAAGAGCGCUAACCCAUAGCUCACAUGAGUUUGACAGGUAUCAUCCUUCCAUACCUUGCCUGAUGGCGAGGGUGGAGAUAUUUCAAAAGAUUCUUUAUGAGGACGACAAGACACAGAGGGUCGACAGAAAGAAGGGGAUCAAAUAGGUCAGACAGACCUGGAUUCUGACUGAAGACUGAAGAUAAUCUGAUCAAGUGAUUCUGUAAUAUGGUAGGGCAUCCUAAGUGGUUAUUGAAAGGUAUUGUGAUAUUGACUUAAGACCAUGAUAAUCCACUUACUGAAAGAUUAUUCCCAGAAGUCUGACAUUUUCAUUGUUCUGCAAUAUCCAAUGACAUUUUUCAUAGCUGAUUUUUUUAAUUGUUAUUCAUUUGACUUUGUAGAAUAUUUUAUUGUAUGAGUGUGUGUUUAAUUACGUUGUUUAAGAUAACUUGUUGAUGGUGAAUCAGGUGGUGUUUUGGUAUCCAAAUGUUCCAAUUAGCUAAUGAUGAUUGUGAAAUAUCUUAAAGGGAUUAUAGUUUACUUGUUUGAGACGAGUGUCUCAUAUGUAACAAAUAUUUAAUUCUGUAUUUAGGAUUACUUUAAUCUUUUUUGUCUAUGUAAUGCAUUUUCUUCCAUGUAUAUUGAAUUCUUUAAAAACAAACUUUUUCUCUCAGCGCUUCUUUUCACUGUCAAUAGCACAUCCAGCUUCAUCAUGUAGCAUGUCACUGUGACUAAAGUAAACUCUCAUUGGUCCAGCUUCAUCAUGUAGCAUGUCACUGUGACUAAAGUAAACUCUCAUUGGUCCAGCUUCA